AUGGCGCAGCGAGGUCCUUACAAGAAGUUUCUGGUGGACGUGGAGACAGAAAUACCACAAAGUACAAAAAGACGUAGGUUGCAGGAACCAGCAAAUGAGUCAGAUGUAGAAGAUAUUCUGGAAUGUACAGAAACACUAUGUGAGCAAUACUCAGACACAGAGGUGAUUGAUGAUGUGGAUGACUAUCCGGAAGCUGAACCAGAGGAAAGCAACAUUUUAUUGGACCCUGAGCAAAGUAACAGUUCAGAUGAGGAAUCUGAGGACCUCAUUAACCUCGAGAAUGCUGAGUGGAACAAAGAUGUACAUCCUGAGACUGCCCCUAUGGAUCCGUUAAACUUGGACGAUGGAGAUGAGCCUAUAUAUCCAGGAAGUGAUGUCACCAAGGCUGAGACUAUUUUGAUGAUUCUUACAUUUGUCCUGCGUCACAAAAUAAGCGGAGAGGGUUUGAAAGACUUCCUGUCACUACUGCACAUCUUAUUUCCAAGCAUCCUGCCAGCAACAAAAUACUUAUUUUAUAAGUACUUUAUAUCCAUUACAAACCAAUUUGAAAUUCACUUUUACUGUGAGUCCUGCAAAGGAUACAUUUGUAAGGAAGAGACAAAUCUCACCAAAUGUCCUCACUGUGAUCUGGCAUUCAGCAUUGCAUCUAACCUUAAAAAUGGGUCCUUCAUGAUCUAUUUGCCUUUGUCUUCCUCACUUAAAGAUGUCCUGGAAAGUCUAAAAAACAACUCGCAACAUCUCAUUAACAAAGCUGAAUGGGUAUGGGACGACACAAUUCGUGAUAUUUUUGAUGGUGACAUCAUGAGAGAUCAUAUUCAGAACAACACAAUUGGCCAGUGGGAUUUGACAUUACUAUGGAAUUGUGACGGAAUUCCGGUUUUUGAAUCAUCUCAAUGUUCUCUCUGGCCAAUACAAGUAACUAUUAAUGAGCUGCCACCAGCUGUGAGAAAAGAACAUGUCCUAUUGUCCUCACUUUGGUUCGGCAAGUCAAAGCCAGUCAUUCAGACCUUUUUAAAACCAUUUGUUGAAGAGAUGGGAGCUUUAAAAGACAUCGGACUACAAUGGACUGAUGGUGAUGACAUUCGCACUAGCAGAGUUUUUGCAGUUGUAAGUGCUUGUGAUGCUAUUGCCAGACCAAUACUAAAAGACAGCAUACAGUUUAAUGGCAAGUAUGGAUGUGACUGGUGCCUUCACCCUGGUGAGCGUACAGCAAAAGGAAAUGGCUUUGUGAACAUUUACCCUUGUAAAGAAGAUUCCCCUGCAACAAGGCAGCAACAACAAUGGGAGGAUGAUGCAAUAAAGGCCUCACAUGAGGGCUGUCCUGUGAGGGGAGUAAAAGGAAUCUCACCACUUCUGUUUUUGCCAUGUUUUAAUAUUAUAACUGGUUUCGUGCCGGAGUACAUGCAUGCUGUCCUAUUAGGUGUUGUUCGUCAAUUCAUGACCCUGUGGCUGCAGCAUUAUAUGGUAGAGAACACAUCAGCUUUAAUGUUCAUCAGCUAA